CCUUCCUCCUCAUCCUUUUCUACCGUUACGCAGCAGAGGAAGGAGAAGAGGGUCGAAUCACACAAGCGAAGCAUCUCCUCCUCCUUCCCCUUCCCCUUCCCCUUCCCCUUCCCCUUCUUCGCCCCCCUCAAUCCACCACCUCUUUCCUUCGCCCUAGGGUUUCUCCUCCUCCUCCUCCUCCACCCCCCGAACCCUAAUUUAACCCCCCCUUCGAUCCAUGCAUCCCGCCCCUCCCCCUCUCCUCCAACUUCGAUGAGAUCUCGAGCUGGAUCGUCGUGCUAUGCCCUUCCCCUGCUUCUUCUUCCUCUUCUUCUUCCUUCCCUCCUCCUCGCGAGCUUCUUCUCCCCCGUGCUGAGCCCCGUCGUGGUCUCGGACGAGGGCGGAGGUGAGGGAUGGGGAGCUGCGGCUUCUUCGAUUCCGGAUCGCGAGCUUCUUCUGCUUCCGACCUCGGCGUCGCACGGCCGAGAAAAUUCGGGGAAAUUAGAAAGAGACGGGCGCGGGAGCCGAUUCGCAAGCGAUUUAGCUCCGAACAGAGAUUUGAGCCGUUCUCUGGUGCCGAUUCUUAAUUCUGCUGGUCUGAAGCAAGCGGCGCGGUCGAUUUUGGAUCCAGUUGUUGAAAAACCUGGUACAUUGCUUCUUGUUCAUGAGGAUGGCACUAUGAAAUUUAUGGACAGUAGCUCAGGAUCAACUCUUUGGGAACUUGAAACUGGUCAUCCACUUUCAUCUUCUGAUCAAGCUCUUUAUCCCACUGGUGAUUCCGAAUAUUUGGUGUAUCCUGGGCAAGGAUCAGAUCUCUAUGAGUUCAUUAAGGGCGUUGGUUUAAGGAAGCACGACUUGACAAUCGAUGAAUUUAUCGCUAGAACACCAGAAAUUAAAGGUUCAGUCAUCACCAUCGGAUCCAAAACUUCAACUCUCUAUACUGUCAAUGCUGAUAGUGGAGAGAUAAUCUACAAGCAUAGUCUGCCUGCAAAUUUGAGUGGAUUUAAAGUGCCUUUAGAUGAAGGUAUUUCACUCUCAUCUAAGUUGGAUGCUGGAAAAAGGUCUGAAAAUACUAAUUACAUAACUAUAAUAAGAACGGAUUAUUCUCUCAGCUCUUCAGAUCUUGGUAGGCAUUUGUGGAAUUGGACAAAACCCUUUUUCUCCGCUUAUUAUCAUACUAAGUAUGAGGCGCCACCUGGAAUGAACAAUAAGCUUAAACCAAUUUAUGGUCAGGGACAAAUUCCUGUGUACAUCGAAAGCAAGAUUGAUAAGCUCCAACUUCCUCCAGCUUCUCAUUUCCACAACAGCAUCGAAUUUGUGAAGGAGAAGAACCAAGAUACUAUUGUUGCGAAUUCUCUUUCUUUGGAACCAUAUUUUGAUUCUGAUGAAAUUCUAAAAUUGCCUGAUAAUGCGCAUACAUCUUUGAGUACCUUACAAGAGUCAGCUAAAGCUAGUGUUCGUCCUUUAUUGGAAUAUGAUGAUGAUUUUCAUGGACAAAGUAAUGAUGAUUUGGAUACUGCAAAUAUGCAAUAUGACAAUCAAAAUAGUUUAGUUAUGUCAGAGAGCUCAUUUAAAAAUACACAUAGUAAUUUGGUCCUUAAUUAUUAUACGCCUGGAAAGAACUACACUGAGAUGCCUUCUGCAACUAUUUAUGGACUUUUGGCAUGGUUCGUGAUCCCAUCUGUAUUUAUUUUUAGCGUACUACAUUAUCUGAAGAUUCGUGAGCAAGUCAAACAGAGUAAGCAAUCGACUGUUUUUCGACAAAGUGGAGCUCCUAAGAAGAGAAAAACUCGAAAGAAUGGAGCUAUUGUGGUUUCAUCCUCUGAUAAGGAGAACAGCGAAUCUGAGAGGGGACAAGAGAUUCAAUCCAAUGAAAAGUAUCCUUUUAUGAGUCAUAUGCGAUCUAUUGAUGCUGGAAAUGGGCGUUGGGUUGGCAAACUUUUUGUUUCCAAUACUGAAAUAGGUAGGGGAAGUAAUGGAACAGUUGUUUUUGAAGGAUUUUACGAUGGUCGACCUGUUGCUGUAAAACGUCUUUUAUGUGCACAUAAUGAUGUUGCUCGAAAAGAAAUUGAGAAUCUUAUUGCUUCUGAUCAGCACCCAAAUAUUGUUCGAUUGUAUGGAGUAGAGCAGGACUUAGAUUUUAUUUAUAUCUCGCUCGAACGCUGUAGCUGUAGCCUAGCUGAUUUAAUUCAGCAUUGCUCUAAGUCUUCUACUGAAAGUCCAGCCUCAAACUCUGAAAUUGAGAGUAGUGUACAGUUGAACUAUUUGAAAGGUAUUGAAAGGGAAAUGGAGUUGUGGAGACGAGAUGGGCUUCCUUCAGCGCAACUUCUAAAACUAAUAAGGGAUGUCAUUUCCGGUCUUGCACAUUUACAUGAGCUAGGGAUCAUUCAUCGGGAUCUAAAGCCGCAAAAUGUAUUAAUUUGCAGUGAUGGGAUUAUUAAGGCGAAGCUUUCUGAUAUGGGUAUCAGUAAACGUCUUCAAGCAGACAUGUCUUCAUUAAGUCGCCACGCCACUGGGUAUGGAAGCUCUGGGUGGCAAGCACCUGAACAGCUUCGUCAUGGACGCCAGACUCGUGCAGUGGACUUAUUCAGUUUGGGGUGCAUCCUUUUCUACUGUAUCACCAAAGGUAGACACCCGUUUGGAGAUUAUUUUGAGCGUGACAUGAACAUUCUCAACAACCGCCUUGAUCUCUUUGUGGUGGAUUAUAUACCGGAAGCUGUGCAUCUCCUUUCCCAGUUGUUGGACCCAGACCCUGAGAGGAGGCCAAGGGCAGCAGAAGUCCUUUGCCACCCUCUUUUUUGGAGUUCAGAGAUGCGGCUUUCUUUUCUUCGUGAAACAAGCGAUCGGAUCGACAAAGCAAAUGAGACUGAUCUUUUGAAUGCUUUAGAAAACGUUGCACCCUCUGCAUUUGGCGGGAAAUGGGGCGAAAAGUUGGAUGCUGCACUCAUUGCCGACAUGGGCCGAUAUAGAAAAUAUAACUUCGAGUCCUUGCGUGAUCUUCUACGGUUGAUAAGGAACAAGUCAAGCCAUUAUAGGGAGCUUCCUACAGAACUUCAGGAAAAAAUUGGGUCGUUUCCGGAAGGAUUCGAUCAGUACUUCUCUAGCCGAUUCCCCAGGCUGCUGAUUGAGGUCUACAAAGUAAUGUGCACGUAUUGCAGGGAGGAGGACUCAUUCAGCAAAUACUUCGAGAGCAAAUUAGGCUAAAAUUUCUCAUAGGCCCUACAUCUUAUUCACUUGUUCUAAUCUAACUGAUGAUUAGUUGAUGUAAAAUGUUGAAUGUAUGUCGUAGUAAUGUUAUAUAUGUAUGUAUGUAUGUAACACUGUAAAUUGUAGAAGUGGAUUUGCAUAGCACAGAACAAUGUAUGUUUCAUGUUAGGCAAUAAUAAUGUUUCAUCUUAUUGCUGUUCUA